AUGUUGAAUUUGAAAGUCGACCCCGAAGAGCUAUUCACCAAGCUCGAGCGGAUUGGCAAGGGAUCAUUUGGAGAGGUCUUUAAAGGGAUUGAAAACCGCACACAGCAGGUGGUUGCUAUAAAGAUCAUUGAUCUUGAAGAGGCUGAAGAUGAAGUGGAGGAUAUACAGCAGGAGAUUACGGUCCUCAGUCAGUGUGACAGCCCCUUCAUCACUAAAUACUAUGGCUCUUAUCUGAAGGACACAAAGUUAUGGAUCAUCAUGGAAUAUUUAGGAGGGGGCUCGGCCCUGGAUUUGCUGGAGCCUGGAGCUCUGGAUGAGACUCAUAUUGCAACCAUCCUCAGAGAAAUCCUGAAGGGUCUGGAUUAUUUGCAUUCAGAGAAGAAAAUUCACAGAGAUAUUAAAGCUGCUAAUGUCCUGCUAUCAGAGCAGGGUGAUGUGAAGCUGGCUGAUUUUGGUGUGGCUGGGCAGCUCACAGACACACAGAUCAAGAGGAAGACUUUUGUGGGCACUCCAUUCUGGAUGGCACCCGAAGUCAUUCAACAGUCUGAGUAUGACUCAAAGGCAGAUAUCUGGUCACUGGGUAUAACUGCAAUUGAGUUGGCAAAAGGAGAGCCGCCCCACUCUGAUCUUCACCCCAUGAAGGCGUUAUUUCUCAUCCCGAAGGAUCACGCACCCACCCUGGAAGGACACUACAGCAAAGCUCUCAAAGAGUUUGUAGAUGCCUGCCUAAAUAAAGAACAAAACUUUAGACCAACAGCUAAAGAGCUUUUGAAACACAAACUUAUUGUUCGAUAUGCCAAGAAGACAUCAUACCUUACAGAACUCAUUGACAAGUACAGGAGAUGGAAAGAAAAACAGGCUUGUGAUGAGUACAGCUCAGAUUCAGACUUAGAGGAUGUUGAAGCAUCAGGAAUGAAUUCGGUGGGUAAAAACUGGAUUUUCAACACUAUCAGUGAAAAAGAGCCCAAACUGAACCAAAAUGAAAUCAAACAGCAGGAACUCAUCCACAAUAAGGUUCCAGACAGUCCAAAGAGACCUCUGUCCCAGAGCAUGUCCUCUAUUAUAUCUCCAUUGUUUGCGGAGUUGAAGCAGAAGGUUGAUGUUUAUAAGCCAGCUGUGUUAGAGGACCUAAAGGACGCCAUGCAUCAGGCGGAAGAGGUGUAUCCAGGCAUCACUGACUCAAUGGUGACGAAGGUGUUGCAGAGAUUAAAGAGGGUUUCCUCCACACACUAAAAGUCUUUAAAUUCCCAGUGCCUCUCCAUCAAGACUCACUCUCUGUGGGUGGAAAUACAUUUGACACUCAGUGCACUAUACCCAGAACACUUUGAGAACAGAUUCACUCAUACACAGCUGAAUGUCUUUUUUUUGUGUGUGUUAUGGAUUUAAAUUAAGCCAUUGUUUUACAAUUUGAGGUACUUGCUGUUAGAUGAUGCUAUUUUGUGGACUGAGUGAAUUUGUUUAAAGAUCCCAUUGAAAU